GGUAUAUGUUUAGAAUGAAUGUGCAUGCGUAGUUUCGUGAGCUUGCCAGAUAAGAAAGUUUAGAACAGCAAUUAUGGCAUUUAUCGAGAAGAAUAAAUUAGACAAUUUCAUAUCAGUGGCUCUUGGUUUGAAAUUUUGUGUAUCCGGCUUACAAGACUUUAUACUGGACACUAUGGAAACAAUACAUCAAAACAUUUUACAGCAAAUACCUGUUGGUUCAAAAUGUACUAUAAACUGUAGUAGACAACACGGAAAUGAUUUCAGUCAGUGGUGCAACAUUUGCAGAGCAUGGAAAGCCGAACUUCAUAAACUUUGUCGAUAUGAGAAUCAAUGGAAAAGAAUCAAGUGGAAGGAGAUCGAUACCAUUGAUUUUCCACACUCGACACCAGAUUCAUAUGAAGCUAUAUCUAAAAUGUUUGUCCGUGAUGCUCGCCAGUUCAGACAAGGAAUCUUUCAAGAUCUUGGUGCAAUUAUAUCUUUGUUUAUGAAUAUGACAAUUUUUGCUAUUGAUGAUUUAGUAGUUAAAGAUAUUCAACGGUAUAGAAACCACAGCUUUGCUCAUAACUAUAGGAUCAGUGUUGAUGAAACAGAGAAAAAACUGUGCUUACAAAGCUUUAUUCGGAUUUUGAAAGUCCAAAAUAUAUAUCGAAAAGAAAGUGCAAAAACUGCUGUAGAACUCUUGGGGGAACUGUUAUCUACAGAAGGAAUUCCUGCCCGUCUCUUGCACCAUCAAGCCGCACGGGAAACACUUAUAUUAGUUCGAGAAAGUAUUGACCAACUUUCACCUUCUGCUGAUUCACAGAUAGUAGCAUUUGUCUCAGCAAGAGACACCUUCCAAAACAGAAUCAACAAUAUGAUACUGGAAUCAACAAUUAAACAGACAAGAGUAACUAAAAACCUUAUUUCACCAAAGACGAGGACUGUUCUAAAAUAUCUAAGUCUUCCUUUACUUUUACUAUACAUUACCAUUUCAUUUAUCUCGCUACAGAAGAUGGAUCCAUCGAAUGAAGGUUGUUAUAGUAUGCGAUUCUCCGAACACUGGAAAAGUGAUUUAGACUUCGAUUUUUAUGUACAAACAUUGAAUAACCAAAGUUUCAUUGAAAGACGAUGGCUACAUGAUAUUGUAAAUACACAUUUGCUCGAGACAAACGGAAUCUUAUUGACGGCAGAUAUGGGGUAUGGGAAGUCUUCCGUAAUAUCUAAUCUAGUAUGUGCCGAUAGUUCAUCGGUGUGGUAUGAUAUUCGAAAACAAGUCCUUGCUUAUCAUUUUUGUAGAUAUGAUAUGGACAUGUCCGUCAGUGCAGGUACGUUUAUUCGAAACCUUGCAAGUGCAAUCGUCAAACACUAUCCUGAAAUGGGAAAUGCUAUCCUAGCUGAUUUUGUUGCUUCUGAAUUUUUAUACGGAACACGAUGCUUUAAUGACCCGAUAUCUUGUUUUGAAAUGUCUAUUUUAAAUCCAUUGAGAGGUCAUUGGACCAAUCAGAAAUUUAUAAUCAUUAUAGAUGCUUUGGAUGAAUGCGACACGACCGGUAGAAAUACUUUGUUUAAUUUUCUUUUGACUCAAACUCCAAGAUUUCCAUCAAAUUUCAAAUUUAUUCUGACCUCAAGAAACGUUAAAAAUAUUGACAGAUAUUUACAUUUCCUGGAUAUGAAUGUGAUGAAUGUUUAUUUAAAUACAUCUGAUUCGCGUAAUCUAAAUGAUGUAAAACAAUACGUCCGUGAAACAAGUAAGCUUACUGAACCUCAGAUCUCAACACUUACAAAAGCUGCCAAUGGAAAUUUUCUUCAUGUAAAACUAUAUUUACAGUACUGCAAGAAAACAGAUACAUUUGACUUUAGAAAUGUACCGAACUCUCUCGCACUGUUUUAUCAAUUAAAUUUCAACAGAAUUUUUAAAGAUUCAGAGAACUUAUAUAUUGAUUUCUUACCAGUAUUUGAAGUAUUAUGCACCGUUCAAAAUCCUAUUGAUAAGGACCAGCUAAUAGAAGUAUCUAAAAUUGAUGGAAACAGUAAAAAGAGAAAACUGGAAAUGUUACUUGGAAACGAAUUAGGACAUUUUCUCAAAUUUGAAAAUGGGAAAAUAUCGUUUUUACACAAAUCUAUUAUCGACUUUCUAACAGAUGAAAAGAGAAAUAAGAUGCAAUUCUUUGUUCAUAAAGAAAAUGGGCAUAAGUUGUUCGCUGAAUAUUUGCUUGGAAAAUUAAAAAUGAAUGUGACUUCAAAACAUAAUUUGAUAGAACUUAUACAUCAUGUUGCUAUGAGCAGUAAUCCUAAGUUCGAAUCUAUGUUACUCGGUUACGUUCGUGAUUUAUUGAGUAAGGAUCAUAUGUUACACACAAAGCUUCUCUAUGAAGUAGUUUGGAAAUAUAACGAUUACCAUACGACAGAACUGUUACUUGAAUGCAUUGGUGAUACUGCAGUUAAUUCGGUAAACUCUAUGAACCAGUCUCCAGCGUUUAUAGCAGCUAGUCAAGGAAAUGAGAAGACUCUAAAAUGCUUAUUACACAACGGAGCAAACCAUUCAUUUUCCGUGGUUCAUAACUACUCGUCAAUAAUAGAUUCCAGUUAUAACAAUCAAACUACACAUAUAUACACUAGCAUAAGCGCCAGUCACGAUAUAGUACAAAUGUGCAAAUAUGUUUAUUUUUGUGGCUAUAAUGUUUUUCAUGUUGCUGUCCAAAACGGACAUCAAUAUGUUGUUGAAAUGAUACUACGAGAAUAUAGAAGUCUUAUCCACACAGAAAUUGAUAUGCACUUAAAUGCUUUCCAUCUUGCAGUAGAAAAUGGUCAUUUCGGCAUAGUGAAGCUUUUACUUAACGACAACAAAGGUUUUUCAGACACUUAUUCUUUAUACAAGGCUAGUGAGAAAGGUUACGAACAGAUUUUAAAACUGUUGCUUGGUACUGGUUCGAAAGAUGAAUGUUUACCAUGUACUGGCAAGUUUUACUGGCUACCAUUGCUAUCUAACAGACAACAACAAACAAUAAAAUAUAAUAAAAUUAGAUCAGAAUUAACAUAUCAUCAAGAUGUUUAUAUCAAAACAUUUUUCUUUGACGAUUGGCGAUUAAUUACAUGCGAAACUGCAUUAAAUGCUGCUGUACGAAAUGGUCAUCUUGAAAUUGUGAAGAUACUUUUACUUGAAACAUUCAGUGCCAUUAACUGUACAACUUAUGACGGGAAAACGUCAUUAAUGACAGCUGUGAGGUAUAAUCGAACAGACAUUUUUAAUCUUUUAUAUCUAAGUGGUGCCGAUUUAAAAACAAAGUGUCAUCAUGUUUAUGAUAAUUUCAAUAUCCUUUCAUUGCAUUCAAAAUUGAAUCUUUUAGAAUUAGAGUUAUUAACUUCUGAACAAUGUCCCAUAGGUGCAACUGUUGCUCAUGUUAUAGCGAUGCAUGGUAAUUAUGACAUGAUGGUAUUCAUGUAUAAUAAUGGAUUUGUUGAUUGGGAACAAAGAGAUGCCGAUCUAGCUACUCCGCUGCACUAUGCGUUUUGUCAUUACAACUAUAUUUUCAUCAAUCUUAAUAAUUUGGAAAGGCUAAAUUUGAAUUUUUCCGCUGAAACUGUUAACGGUUCAAGCGUGUUUCACUCUGCAGCCAUAUGUCGGUCUCUUACAUUGCACGCUUAUCACAACAGAAAAGACACGCAUCAUGAUAUCAGUAUUCCCGAUAGUCUUGAUUAUAGACGUAGAAGCAUUUUACAUUACAGCAUGCUACUUCCUUUGAGAGAAAAUAAUAAUGAUCUGCACUAUGGUGUUAAAGAAGAUGUGUUGGUACAGACGAUAUUUCAUGCUUGUCGCAACUCUAAGCACAAUAUUCAUCAUAUGGAUAAUGAAGGAAAAAACUUUCUGCAUUACGCUGCAAAAAGUGGAAACUUUUUCGGAUUUGAUAUUGCAUUAAAUACUUUGCCAGAACAAGAUGCCAUGAGCCUUUUGACCCAGAGGGACACAUCUGAAAAGACUCCUGUUGACGAAAUGUUUCAAGCUAUGCAAACACGUACGUCUUCUGAUCCUAUACGCAUUCCUAAAGGAUGUCAGAUAACAGAUGUUUUCUACACGAAAUGUCCAACAAAAUUUGAAACGAUUUUGACGAAUCAUGAGAUGUGCAUAUUAAAAACAAUGUCGUAUCUGUAUAAAACCGGCAUGAUUUCAAAAGUUAAUGUUUCAGAAUUACUAUCGAUAGCAAUCCUCAAAUCUAGGAUAUAUCCAGUUUUGAUGCUAAAAAUUUACGCUGAACAACAGUUUCAACAUAUUGUGCAGAACAAUCCGCCAUUACUUCUAUUCAUUACAGAAUAUGAGGGACCAAGUCUUGCCAAAUUCUUUUUGACAAAAAAUAAUUCUCUUAAAUGUAAUGGCAACUUUAGUCCUCUUCAUGAAAUUAUAAUGAACGAUCGAAAUACCCAAUCAAUGUAUCAUAGCAACCAGUUUCUAAAGAAUUAUUUGGAAGAUUACUCCAGCACAAUGUUAGACACAUGUUUUGAUAAGGAUGGGUAUAAUUUACUUCAUAGAGCUGCUAUGGGAGGAAAUGUCUUAGGAACACAAUUUCUAUUGAAUAAAGGGAUGAAUGUUUCACAAUUGUGUGGUCAUGGUCAAUCAGCUUUGGACAUUUUGAUUAUCAAAGCUCCUUUUUCAGAAAAUGAUAUCAUACCUUCGCGCUUCAGUAAUAUUUCUCCGUAUCAGGUACUGGAAUUCGUUUCAGAGAACAGAACUAAAGAAUUAAAUAUUGCUUGCAAAAACAUUCAGAAUUAUGAUGAAACAUCCGAAAUUUUGUUGGAACAUUUAUAUUCAUCUAGAGGAUUAAGACGAAAAGAAAUCGCCACUGUAUUGUGUAGACCAUAUGAAAGCCGUUUAAGUCAAGUACAUUUAGCAACAGCAAAGGGUUUUAUACGUUUUCUGAAGAAAAGUGUUUUGUUGUUUGGUUCAGACAUAUUGAACUGCUAUGAUUUUAACAACAUUACGCCUUAUUACUUAGCAAAGAUUUACAAACAAGAAAGUGUUAUGAAGUGGAUGGAUAGUAUCCGUGUUCCUAGAACAAAACCAAACUUGGAAAUUGAAAGUUUGUUGAUUUAUAAUAUGUUUUUCAAUUACCAAAGACAACACUUAUUUGAUUGGACAUGUCGCCUUCAGUAUAGUUAUAAACACCAUGCUCUCAUGAAAACGCAAUUUUCAAAAUGUACGCGUGCAAUUGGAGAAAGAGAUAGCUUCAUAUUAUAUAAAAACGCAUUUAGGGAUAUAUAUAUUUUUUGGGCUUAUUCGGUUUUAAACCUAUUGCGCAACGUUCAAAAUGAAUCGAACAUGAGGUUCUGUGAUUUUGAAGCCCAGAUGCAUACUUGUUAUGCUUUAGUAGACAGGAACAAUUUAUUAGUACGUGAGUCAAAAUUUUUAAAAAAGAAGAUAUAUAAACUUUUAAGAAAAUAUGUGAAAUUUGACUUUCAUGAUUUUAUGUUUUUAUAUCAAAAAACAUUACGUCACAUAUUCAAUGAACCGGAACAAAAAUAUAUAAAAGUACUAUCAUUUAAUUCCAUUUUCAGUCUUCGGUUCCGAUAUCUAGAACAACUUCGUCAAAAGCAUUCCAUUCAUAUUCAAUGGUUAAGACAUUUCUUGGAAUACCUUGAAGAAAAAAAUGAAAUUAGUUCAAGUGUUUCCCAUAUGUAUGAGCAACAUAUUGUGUCUGGGUUGAAAGUAGAUAUGAAAUUGCCUCUAAAUGGACGUCAGAAGGGAGAAAAGAAGAAAAAAUAUAAAUCAAAAUUAGAAAGACAUGAAACAAAUCAUCAUGGUGAAAAUAUAAAAUACGCAAUUGAACGUUACAACGACAUUUUUUCUAUUGAGGAUAUAUAUGUGCUAGAAAACUAUUGCAUGUUUGAAUUAAAACUCUCUGGUGUAGAACAAAUGUCUACUGCAGAGAUGCUUGAGGACAGAAUCAAUUUUAUUAUUUAUUUAGAAAAAGAAGCAAGGAAAAACGCAGCUUUCAAGGAAAGGGUAAGAAAUUUCCAGAAAAAUAUGUCGGUGGUUUUGUAUUUCAUGCAGUUCGUACCAACUGACAGAAAAUCUUCUUUAUGCAUGAGAAUUUUUAUAGCACAAGCUAAAUAUGCAGAGAAAAUGAACUUAUAA